AUGCCGUACCACAGGCGCCCGUCUGCCAAGAUGCCAGAUUUCGACGACGAUGUUACUGUUGUCGAUGUGUACGACCUGGCAUCGGACAUUGGCAAGGAAUGCGAAAUAAUUAUCGAGAAAUACGGCCCUGACGCUGUAACAGCGUUGUUGCCAAAAGUAAUCAACGCUUUGGAGCUACUGGAGAACCUCGCUGUGAGGAAUGAAAAGGAGAAUCAAGCGUUACAAGAGUUGACGGCGAAAAUAUCGCAGUUGGAAAGUGACAAGAUAGAAAAAGCAGAAUACAGGCAACGUUUUGAAAAGGAAAUUGAAGCAAUCGAAGAGCAAUGGCGAACAGAAUCGGCAGAAUUGGUGACCGCAGUGGCUCGGCUACAGGAAGAGAACAAACGACUUCGGCGAACGAUCAACGCUCCAGCAGACGGUACAAGUGCCCCGCCCUCUCCGGCACGUGAACAUGACCAGGAAGUACUAUCACGAUUGAGUAGCACGGCGGAGAAGCAGCGUGCUACGCUCCGUCGCCAGGAGCUGCAACUACAGGAGAAACAACAACUUAUUGACAGUUUGACCAAUCAAGUGGAGAAACUCGCGCAAGUGAGUCGUGACCUCCGACGGAAACAUAAGCAACUACAAAAUCAGAUGCGUCUAAUAUGCGAGGAGCGUUCAGAGUUGACCGCCAUAGUUCAAUCUCAACAGAGGGAUAUAUCCGCACUACAGCAAGCCAACACACAGAACCAAAAGUGCGCAGCGUGUGGCGCAACAACUCCCGACGGCACAGACGACGAGGACCAGUCGUGCAAACCCACAUUCAGCGUUCGUGAAUUGCGCGCCAUUCUUCACGAGCGCAACGAGCUAAAACUCAAGCUCGCUAAAGCUGAAGAGCAGCUACAGGCGUUACAGCCAGAUCCGCAACCUGACAGCGGGUCAGAUACUUCGCCUUCCCUCAGCAGCACGGUGACAAAUGAGGAAGAAGAGGCGCCAGUCCAAGGACCUCUCCCCGCAGAACCCGACGAUGCACCGUGGAAGCGAAACAGUGGAAUCAGGAAGUUGUUCCGCCUGGCGCUGACGUCGCGCGGGCGCUGCUCGCCGCCGGCGCGGAUCUCUUUCGGACCGUGGUACUGAGCGGGAUAUUCGUUUUCGCAAGCUCUUUGUUGAGUCUGAUAUCACCGUGGGCAGCUUCCCGAGGCGCUCGUUUUCAACGCUCGCCAACAAGAUGGCCGCGACCAGUGGCGCCCCCUCCGCUACCGCGUAGACACUCAGUUCCCACCAAUACUAAUAACACAACCACCAGUAAACAUCGUCGCUACUCUGACUAUAAAAACCCCAAGAAAUCAAAACUAGACCUAAGGCAGGAACUUAUUAAUUUGAACCUCAAUAACCAAGAGGUAAAUACAUGGCUAGGUAACGAGUACGAGGAAGAGUUUGAUUACGAGCAGUUUCAAAAUGAUAUUCCUUUGCAACGAUCUAUAUCGCUAGAUGGCGGUAUUGAGAUUUUUAAAUACUUGCAAACUGUAGGUUCUGAUUGGUCCGGUAGCAGUGUUGCUUCCUCGUGGUCUGUAGACUCAGAUAAAGAUCGAAUGUUGGAGAAAUGUAGGAGUUUUGAAGAUAUCCCCGCUUCUCAGAGCGUAUCGAAAAGCGGGCGCGCAUCUUCCGAUUUUGAUUACAGUUUUAAUAAGAGUCUAGGAUUGUCAGUUUUGAGGACCAGUUACAAGGACUUAAAUAUAGAAAGCGGUAGCAUAUCUCCUCGUAUAAAGAAGUUGCAAAGGAUGUUUUCGUUUAGAAAUACUUUGCAGGAUUUUAAAGAGGCUUCUAGUGAGAGUUUGUGUGAUGAUAGUCACGAACCUAAGGUACCAACGUACAAAGA